GACGCCGGGCCGCAGAGCUCCGGGCGGGCGGCGGGUUUCGCUCACACCGGCUGGUUUGGUGUUGGACGCGAGCGGACCGGGGACCGGUGGUCUAGGCGAGUCGUCCUUUCCCAGCCGCUCGCCGUGGAAGGUCGUCCUGCUGGGGGGCCAGGGUCUCGGCGAGUUCGGCGUCGGGGAGAAGGCGCGGCUCCCCUCAGCGUGCCGGCCGUGCUCGGUCGCUCCGGAAAGGCUAGGCUGAGCGGGGAGGAGCAGGCCCGAAGCUUCUAGGGCUUCGGGCCGGGACCCGAGGAGGAUGAGCUGGCUCUUUCCCCUAGCUAAGAGCGCGUCAUCCUCCGCGGCCGGGUCCCCCGCCGGCCUCACGAGUCUCCAGCAGCAGAAGCAGCGGCUGAUCGAGUCGCUCCGGAACUCCCACUCCAGUAUAGCUGAAAUACAAAAAGAUGUAGAAUACAGAUUGCCAUUCACAGUAAACAACCUAACAAUUAACAUUAAUAUAUUACUUCCUCCACAAUUUCCUCAGGAAAAACCAGUGAUUAGUGUUUAUCCACCAAUAAGACAUCACUUAAUGGAUAAUCAAGGAUUGUAUGUUACCUCUCCAUUAGUAAGCAAUUUUACAAUGCACUCAGAUCUUGGAAAAAUUAUUCAAAGUCUUUUGGAUGAGUUCUGGAAGAAUCCUCCAGUUUUAGCUCCUACUUCAACAGCAUUUCCAUACCUGUAUAGUAAUCCAGGUGGAAUGGCUCCUUACCCUUCUCAAGGUUUUCCAUUUCUUCCUCCAUAUCCUCCACAAGAAGCUAAUAGGAAUAUCGCAUCUUUGUCUGUAGCUGACACUGUUUCUUCUUCAACCACAAGUUAUACCGCAGCCAAGCCAGUGGCUCCUUCAUUUGGCAUCCUUUCAAGUCUGCCAUUACCUGUUCCUACGACAGAAUCUUCAGCACCGAUUAACCAAAAUGGUUUUGGUUAUAAGAUGCCGGAUAUCCCUGAUGCAUUUCCAGAACUUUCAGAACUAAGUGUGUCACAGCUCACAGACAUGAAUGAACAGGAGGAUGUGUUCCUAGAACAGUUCCUGACAUCGUCACAACUAAAGCAAAUCAUCACUGACAAGGAAGACCUAGUACAAAGUAUUGAGGAAUUGGCAAGAAAAAAUCUCCUUUUGGAGCAUAGCUUGGAAACCAAAAGGCAGACCGUUUUAGAUAAGUAUGAAUUACUUAUACAAAUGAAAUCUACCUUUGAAAAGAAGAUGCAAAGACAACAUGAACUCAGUGAGAGUUGUAGUGCAAGUGCCCUCCAGGCAAGAUUGAAAGUAGCUGCACAUGAAGCUGAGGAAGAGUCGGAUAACAUUGCUGAGGAGUUCUUGGAGGGAAAAACUGAAAUAGAUGAUUUUCUCAGUAGCUUCAAGGAAAAGAGAACAAUUUGCCACUGUAGAAGAGCUAAAGAAGAGAAGCUUCACCAGGUGAUCGCAGUGCACAGCCAAUCUCAUGCUCCUCUGUAGAUUUUCCUGAAAACAUGAAUCAAGAAAGAAAUGGGACACAAAACUAAGCACAUUGUUUGAUAUUUAUGACUUAAGAAUUGGCAUUUCAUGACCAUGGCUGAACUCCAGAUGCACUCUAUAGAUUGUAUACAUGACUGAGUCUGUUUUUGUAUAGAUUAGAAUGACUGCUAUAUUUGUUUUGAGAAAUAUUUCUGCACUAUUUGCACUAAAAAUGUUUAUUGUUGACAAAUCCUGUAUUUAAGUUCCUCUACUAUUCCUAAUUAAACGACUGUGCAUGUGAUUCCAGCUAGUUUUAUAUUUUAUAAAACUGACCAACAUUUGUAGUUUUAAAUGGAGUUCAUCAUUUCUUUAUCAAGAAUGGUUAUUACUUAGAUUCUCUUCGUGUCACCCCACCCCCGACACACGCGCGCGCACACACGCACACACACACACACUCUCUCUCUCUCUCUCUUUCCUAGAUAAAGGAGAGUGGAGAAGCUGCUCUCUUAGUUUCAUUUUCACAUAAAGAUGCAUUUGGGGAGCGGUGGAGGUUAAUGUACUUGUUUGGUUUUGUUCUGGAACAGGCUUUCCUGUGUAGCCCAGGCUAACCUCAAGCUUGUGAUCUUCUUACAUGUUUUACUUAAAAAAAUUUCCUUUUCAUUAAACCAGUCCAAUACAGACUUUCAUGCUAAUUAAAAAAAAAAAAGCUGUCUAUGGGUUUUUAGUUAAAUAAAGAUAUUUUUUAUAUUUCAAA